AUGUCAGGAAAUCCUUCUUUGGUACUUAAAAAAGUAGACGAUAUUGUCUUUGAAGACUUGGCUGUGCCCAAGAUUGAGCAUCCUACAGAUGUUAUUGUCCAAGUCAAGAAAACAGGAAUCUGUGGUUCCGAUAUCCACUACUAUGCACAUGGUAAAAUCGGCGCUUUCAAAUUGACCAAGCCAAUGGUGUUGGGACACGAGUCUUCGGGAGUGGUUCACGAAGUUGGUGAAGGUGUAAAGAAUUUGAAAAAAGGCGAUAGGGUUGCAAUUGAACCCGGUGUUCCCUCAAGAUACAGUGAAGCUUACAAAUCCGGUAAAUACGAAAUUGACCCCGAUAUGUGUUUUGCUGCAACUCCCGAAUCCGACCCAAAGAAGCCCAAUCCACCUGGUACUUUAUGUAAGUACUACAAGUCACCCGAAGAUUUCUUGUACAAAUUGCCAGACAAUGUUAGUUUGGAGUUGGGUGCCAUGGUAGAACCAUUGAGUGUUGGUGUUCACGGGAUUAGAUUGGCCAAUUUAUCAUUUGGCGAGAAUGUCAUAGUGUUUGGAGGUGGCCCGGUUGGUUUAUUGACGGCUGCAGCCGCCAAGAUCUUUGGUGCUUUGAACAUUAUGGUUGUUGAUGUUGUUGAUGAGAAAUUGAAGUUGGCCAAGGAGAUUGGCGCCGCCAAUUACACUUUUAACUCCAAAUCCGGCGGAGCUGAGGAUUUGAUCAAGGCAUUUGAUGGUAUUAGGCCAGAUGUUGUAUUGGAAUGUACUGGAGCAGAGCCAUGCAUUAAAUUGGCAGUGCAAACUGUUAGAGACGGAGGUAAAGUGGUGCAAAUUGGUAAUGCAAGCGGCGAUGUUUCUUUCCCCAUUGUCGAAUUUUCCAGCAGGGAAUUGACAUUGCUUGGUAGUUUCAGAUACGGAUAUGGUGACUAUGCUACUUCUAUAAAGAUUUUGGAGAAAAACUAUGCAAAUGGCAAAGAAAAUGUGCAAGUUGAUUUUGAGAAAUUGAUUACAAAUGUAUUUCCAUGGAAGGAGGCUGUUGAGGCAUACGACUUUGUGCGUGCAGGAAAAGCCGUCAAGUGUAUUAUUGAUGGUCCAGAGUAA